GUGCUGUUGGGAAAGCAUUGAACACCAGCUGGAAUGCAAUGACAGGUUGAGACCUGAACUUCCGCAUGAAGCAGGAAGCCGUUAGUCAGAUGCAGUCCAGCUUAGCACACCCAACUCUGCACAUGGGAGUGGUGUGGUGUUCAACUUUAUUGUAAUAAAAAUAAAACUACUAAGUACACAAAGAAAGCUACCGAUCCAGCUAGUGUUCAUGAACCUGUUAUCCUUGAAUCAAUAAGUGAAGAAGGAUUUUAAGAUCUGUCAAAGAUGGAUGACAUUGAUGCCAUGUUCAGUGACCUGCUGGGGGAGAUGGAUCUACUCACCCAGAGUCUUGGGGUUGAAGCAGAGCCCCAGAAACCUCCCCCUAGCUCAAGCAAACAAGCUAGUUUCUCUGUCGGCUUUGCGGACGUUCACGAGUCCCUGAAUGAACUGGAGGACACAGACUUGGACGCCUUGAUGUCUGGUUUAAUGGCUGAAAUCAAUGCCACCGAGGAGAAACUGUCAUCUGAAAAAAAGGAGAUAAAACCUGCCCCUUCACAUCUGCCCCCUGCCCCGGAGGGUCUUAGCUCCUACCCUGUUCCCUCCCAGGCCGUCCCCCCCUCCCCAGAGAGCAGCUUUACUGUUAGCACCCCCAUCGCCACCCCCUCAUCUCUCUCCCCGCGUCCACCCCCCCACAGCACUAAGCCAUCAAUGGAAGACAUCGAGGCACAGAUCAAAGCAGACAAAAUCAAGCUGGCGUUGGAAAAGCUCAAGGAAGCCAAAGUUAAAAAGCUGGUGGUGAAGGUCCUGAUGAACGACGGCAGCUCCAAGACCCUGAUGGUGGAUGAGAGGCAGACGGUCCGAGAUGUCUUGGAUAACUUGUUUGAGAAGACGCACUGCGACUGCAACGUCAACUGGACCCUGCUGGAGUCCUACCCAGAACUGCAGCUCGAGAGAGGUUUUGAAGACCAUGAGAACCUGGUAGAACCGCUGUCUGCAUGGACAAGGGACAGCGAGAACCAAGUUGUUUUUCAAGAGCGGGAAGAUAAAUAUGAAGUUUUCAAAAACCCUCAGAACUUUUAUCUGUGGAAGAAGGAUAAGAACACUCUCAAAGAAAUAAAAGAAAGAGACAAAGAGUUACUCGUGGAGGAGAACUUCUGUGGGACCUCUGUCAUUGUGCCGGACCUGGAGGGCGUUCUCCACCUCAGAGAAGAUGGCAAGAAGUCCUGGAAGCAGCGCCUCUUCCUCCUGAGGGCUUCCGGGAUUUAUUAUGUACCCAAAGGGAAGAGCAAGACAUCUCGUGACCUGGUGUGUUUCGUCCAGUUUGACAAUGUAAAUGUCUAUUAUGGCAAAGAGUUCAAAAACAAAUUCAAGGCACCUACCGAUUUCUGCUUCGUUCUCAAGCACCCCCAGAUCCAGAAGGACUCUCAGUACAUCAAGUACCUGUGCUGCGAUGACGCCAGAACCAUGACGCUCUGGGUGACUGGCAUACGGAUUGCUAAGUAUGGCGUGACGUUGCUUGAAAACUACAAGACUGCUAUAAAGCAAACAGCUGUUACCUCAGCAUGGACAAACCGUGUCACUGCCUCUUCCUCCUCUUCCUCCUCUCCCUCAACCCCCUCUCCCACAACCAAGGCCAAAUCCUCCAGUCAGGCCAAUGGACACGCAACCAAGCCAUCUGCCGAACCUGUGGUCAAGAUGGCAGCCAGCAUGGUCCCUCCUGCACCUCCUCCCCCUCCUGCCGAGGUCCUCCCCCCGCCCCCCCCAGACCCGGUGAUGCCCCCACCUCCGCCCAUGGCCACCAAGACAUCCAACACUGGCCUGGGCAACAAGAUCCGAAACGUCCCCCAACCGCCUCCACGAGCGGACGGCCUUCCUCUGCCUCCUCGGCUCCACCACCACCCCCACAACGACAGCUUCGAGGCCCCUCCAGACUUCCUCCCCCCGCCUCCCCCAGCCCCAGGCUUCAGUGCUCAGGGCACUGGUUUCCUCCCACCUCCUCCCCCUGUCUGCUCCCUCCCGCCCCCGCCGCCCGACCCCGAGUUUGACUGUUUCCUGCCCCCUCCGCCGCCUGACGCCUUCCCACUUCCCCCACCUCCUCCCCCAUCCUCCCAGCCUUUCAUUGGGGGAGGAGCCCCACCUCCCCCACCCCCUCCCCCCCCCGCCCCGGUUCCGAGCGGGCCGCGGCCGACCACGUCCGUGAGGAAGAAGCCCCCCGCUCCCCCCAAGAGGACGACGCCUCAGACGAACGAGGCCGGGGGCGGGGACAUGAUGUCGGAACUGAUGAAAGCCAUGCAGAAGAAACGCGGCAAUCAGUAGCCCUCGAGUCGGGGAUGGCUGGGCAGGUUCAUGAGCCACACGUAGAAGCAUCGAGGGCUCCUUGAUUCGAACGUGUCGCUGUGUCACGCAGAGUUUGCAGACGCUCGUCAUGGUUCUAUGUUGUCAUCUUCUGACAUGACGCAGGGUCACGGUUACACUGGAAUGUUCGCAUGAAUCGGAACUCGGUAGCUAUGAACAGACAAAGGGACAUAGGUUUGUUUGAGGUUUUAGAAGACAUACAGGGAACUAUUGCAAGAAAGACAGGAUUCCUUGAAUUAUUUUUUUAUCGAUUUUGAAACCAGACACUUGUAUAUGUGGAUUAUGUCUACCUGCAGCAAUUUUAACUCCAAAAGCUUUUUAUUAGACUUUUAGUAGAGGCAAUGCCAUUUUUGCUUAAUUGAAUACUUGGGAGAUAGUUUCAUGUGCAAAAUAUUGGUACCUGUACAAACAGUAUCUAUUUUCAUGCAUUUAUGGGAUAAGAAUGUGUAAAUACUGUAAAAAUGUGUUAAAACCAGUGAUAUGUUGGACAUCCUUAUGAUUAAAUGUUCAACCCCAUUCUCCUUUUGGAUCUACUGCUGACUAAAUAAAUAUUCAUUUCAAA